AUGACUGAAGCACCGAUCGUGGCACGAGCCUUGACUCCCGAUGCGGUGCACUCCGCCUACUCGUUGAUCCAGCAGUACAUCCACCGUACGCCCCUCCUCACCAGCCAGACGCUCAACACCAUCGCCUCAACGCCCCAAUCGCCCGAAUCGCUCGUCGGCACGCCGUACGAAGGCCAGCCGCCAGCGAGCCCCAAGUUUCGCUUCUUCUUCAAAUGCGAGAACUACCAGCGGAUCGGCGCCUUCAAGGCCCGCGGUGCAUUCCAUGCUCUGCUGCGACUCCUCGCAGAGCGGGGUGAGGAAGAGGUCAAGAGACGGGGUGUAGUCACCCACAGCUCUGGAAACCACGCCCAAGCCCUGGCCCUGGCCGCCUCCACCCUGCACGUCCCCGCGUACAUCGUCAUGCCAAGCAUCAGCACCCCGUCGAAGAUCGCGGGCACCCGGUCGCACGGCGCCGAAGUCGUCUUCAGCGGGUCGACGAGCACGGAGCGCGAGGCCGUCGUCGCGGAGAUCCAGGCCAAAACCGACGCCAUCCUCGUCCCGCCGUAUGACGACUUCAACAUCAUCUGCGGCCAGGGCACGACCGCCUUGGAGAUGGAGGAGCAGUACCGGGAUCUGGUCGGUACAGACCCGCAUCUCAGCGCUCACGGAGCGAGCGACGCAGGCGCGGGGUCAAGACACCUCGAUGCGGUGAUUACGCCGGUCGGCGGGGGCGGGCUGAACGCGGGCGUCGCGACGUUCUUCUCCGACAAGCCGACGCGGGUGUUCGGCGCGGAACCCAGCUUCGAGGGUGCCGACGACUGUCGUCGGGGCCUGGCGGCCGGGGUGCGCGUCGAGUUGGUGAAGACGCUGACCAUUGCCGAUGGGCUGCGCACGCCGGUGGGGCUCCUGAACUGGGGAGUCAUCGCGGACCGCGGUAAAGUCGCUGGUGUGUUUGCUGUGUCGGAGGAGCAGAUCAAGGCGGCGAUGCGGCUCGUCCUGGAGCGCAUGAAGGUGGUGGUGGAGCCGAGCGCGGUGGUCGGACUAGCAGUGUGCCUGUUCAAUGAGGAGUUCCGACGCCUGGUUGAGAAGGAGGGGGGUGAAGAGGGGUGGGAUAUGGGCAUUGUGUUUAGCGGGGGCAAUACCACCGUGGAGGCGAUUGGGAAGCUAUUCAGCUAA